GUUCCCUUGAGGGUUUGCGCGAGGUACUUAGGUCAGCACUGGUAACUGGAGGCCCUUUCCUGUACACAAGAUGUUUUUCCCCCACUUUAACUGAAAAAGACAAGGAGCAGGGACAAAGCCAUGAGGAAGAUGAGUGGAACCUUAGUUUUGUACCUGCUGUUUUUUAGUGCCAUCUCCUUCUCAACCAUUCUAGGGGGUAGGCAGAUGCCCAAGCUGUCUGAGAAGAAGUUAUGUGCCGAUGAAGAAUGCAGUCAUCCAAUUUCAAUGGCAGUUGCUCUAGAUGAUUACUUCCCUUCAGACUGUCGUUUUAUUCCUAUCCAGAGGGGUCAGAUUAUUUAUGUGUUCUCCAAACUCAAGGGCCGUGGACGUCUGUUCUGGGCUGGCAGCGUCCAAGGAAACUAUUACAGUGAGCAGGAGGCUCACAUUGGAUUUUUCCCAAGCAGCAUAGUGGAAGAGACUCAGUUGCUGCUGCCAGGAACUGUUGAGGUCCCAACUAAUAAGUGGGACUUCUACUGCCAGUGAAAAGCUAACCAGGUGGACAACUGCAACAGCUUCUUAAUCUAGGAGAGAUGGAGGAGCAGCAGGAAUAUGUCACUUUGUUACAUCGACAACCCUGCAUUUUCGAGGUUCACUAAUACACAGCUUAACCAGCUACCCAGUUCACUACUCUCUGCUUGAAAUACUAGUCUGUUUAAUUGUUAGGCUGAAUAAAAAUUAAAACAGCA